GAGGUUCUACUCACCGUUUCUGAACAAAAAACGAAAGAUUAUGUGUUUAUUUUCAAAUGAGGUUUUAGCUCUCUGUGGUUUUUAAUGAGAAUUUAUUAAAUCGCUUUGUUUUAGGUAAAAGUGAAGCAUAUCAGCAUUUCUUGCCGUUUAUGAGAAAUACAGAAUUUUCAUAGAAUUUGUUUCUACAUAAAUCUUGAAAAAGUUUCUGUAUCUCAACAAACGCGCGCAGAACAAGCAACAAAAUAACCUGAAAAGCAGUGAAAAUUUGAAGUGUUUGCUUUUAUGGUUUCACUUUUCUGGAGAACGUUCUCGAUUCCCGCCCUUUCUUUGUCAUCACGUGGCUUCAAUUCAAACCCUUCCUGAUCCACUGGGCCGUCCAAUCACAGCCAGGAGACGCUGCAGCUCAAUUUCCAUACAGCAUGUAUAAUAUCAGCUGUUUCCUCUCCAGCAGCUCAUUCGUCGCUGUAAGUUUCCAGAGACAACAUGCCCGAACCCGCCAAGUCUGCGCCCAAGAAGGGCUCCAAGAAAGCGGUCACCAAAACGGCCGGCAAAGGAGGCAAGAAGAAGAGAAGGACCAGGAAGGAGAGCUACGCCAUCUACGUGUACAAGGUGCUGAAGCAGGUCCACCCCGACACCGGGAUCUCCUCCAAGGCCAUGAGCAUCAUGAACUCCUUCGUCAACGACAUCUUUGAGCGCAUCGCCUCCGAGGCCUCCCGUCUGGCUCACUACAACAAGCGGUCCACCAUCACCUCCAGGGAGAUCCAGACCGCUGUGCGCCUCCUGCUGCCCGGUGAGCUGGCCAAGCACGCCGUGUCCGAGGGAACCAAGGCUGUGACCAAAUACACCAGCUCCAAGUAACCAGCUCUGCUGCUGAUGCUCCAACCCAACGGCUCUUUUAAGAGCCACUCACUGCAUCUGGAGAGCUUUGAUCAUGACUGAUAUAUUUUUGCAGAACAAAGAAAUGGUGGAAAUUUCAAGAAGGUGAGAAAUUUUGGAGGUGAAGGGUUUAAGUAUUUUUUAUUUAAGAACCUUGUGAAUGAUCAUCUCAAAGUAUUAGAUGUCAGAUUUUUUCUUCUUGCUGGCUCCUUUUCAAUCAAGUUCAUUUGUGCAGCACAUUUCAACAACAUUGAGGUUUCAAAGCUUUACAUAAUAAUAAACACAAAUAUAAUGUCAUAAAAUAUACCAUAAUCAACCAUUGAGAAAAUUAAUAACAAACAUUACACUUUGAUGAGUGCCAUCAUCAAAAUCAUUAAUGCACAUGAACUAGAAAAGGUUCCUUUUAUUUCGGCCACUGCUGAAGACAAAUCCUCCCCUGAUGCGAUCAAAUACAAUAACCAAUGAAGCAGCGGCUCAUCACGCCUUUAUUUUGAAAACCGACACGCAAAAUGAAGCAGUCACGUGACCCAUGCACUGCGAGGCCUCGUUUGCUGCCAGUCACGUGGUUUUCAACAAGCCGACACGAGCCUGAAGCGGGGCUUCAGAGGGCCCAUCACCUCUGACCUCUACCAGAGUCAGCAGAAGGACCAGUGUUGGUGUAUUGACCAUCCUAAAAUUUCUCACUGGCCCAAAUCUGAUCAUCACUAUGAAAAGUGUCCGGCAUUAUUUCAGCUUUUGUUGUAUAACAGCUUUUGUUCUGCAUAUGACAGUAAUAAAUGUAACAGCAUUUUCUUUCCACUGUACAGAAGCUGCAGUCAGAGCAGCUGUUCAAAAUAAAAAACUAAAGCACUGCUGUUGUCAGAAAAAUCAAAAGUUUUUGAUUAGUAUGUGUUUAAAAUGCCCAUAAUGAGCUAAGAGAAGAACAUCUGGCUGAAGAUUAAAGAUAAUUUUGAAGAUUGAA